UCUUGUUCUUUUAACCUUCUCCUCUUCUUCUUCUUCUAAUUCGGGCAAUACAUAUAUAAAGACAGAAGGAUGAGCUGGACAGGAGGAGACUGGCUGUGUGCGGCGUGUCAACACGCCAACUUCAAGAAAAGAGAGAUAUGUCAGAAAUGCGGGUACCCGAAAUUCGGGGGUCCCGAUGUAUCGACAUACUUGUACAACAGGACUGAAACCUUGGCCGGAGAUUGGUAUUGCUCGGCCUUAAACUGCGGUAGCCAUAACUACGCGAGCCGAACAAGCUGUUAUCGUUGUGGAAUGCUCAAAACAGAUUACACGGAAUAUUAUGGAGCUCAAAUGGUUGCUUAUGGAAAUGAAGCAGGGGCGUAUCCUCCCGGUUGGAAAUCGGGCGACUGGAUUUGUUCUAGGGUCGGGUGCGGAGUUCAUAAUUAUGCUAGUAGGGCGGAAUGCUUCAAAUGCAAGACGCCGAGGGAUUACGGCGGUGCCUAAUUGACGAGACUGUAAUCAACAAAUAUGGGAAAGAACCGGACGAAAACGAUCUGUAAUUUUACGACCAAAUAUGAACAAAGGGAAUGAGAAAAUCACGUUUGGUUCGUCACGGGAAUCCUUCUUGAUCUUCUUGCUGUUCCCCCUUUUGUUUUUCAAGAAACAUCGCCAUGUAACAGCGGCAACAAGGGUCGCCACAUUCCAACGUG